AUGACGCCCCCUCGACCAUACUCUACCGGGCUCGGUUAUGAGUCUCCGACAGAGCAUACGGUCGAUCGCACCGUGACGUCUGACAUGGCCGCAAACCAUUUGUUCCACCGGUUGAGUGAGCUGGAGCAGACACAACGGAGGCAGAAUGCGGCCUUGGACAAUUUGGUUUCCAAAGUCGAGAAGACAGAUGUACCGAAGGCCGUUGGGAUCAAAGACAGAAUCGCUUGCUUCCAAUGGACGUGGUUCACAUCAACAAUGGCAACAGGGGGUGUUGCCAAUGUCCUUGCAUCCGUUCCCUUCCGCUCUCAAUGGCUUUACAUUGUUGGAGUCAUCUUCUUCGUCUUCAAUCUUUGUCUGUUCUUCAUGAACACUGCCCUUCUUCUCGCGAGAUUCCGUCUACGGCCUGGGAGCUUUAGACACUCCUUUACUGACAAGUUUGAGUCCCUCUUCAUCCCGGCCUCUCUUGUCUCCAUCGGCACCAUUCUCAUAAAUAUCUGCCAAUAUGGCGUCCCAAAGGCUGGCCCAUGGCUUCUUACCACAAUGGAGGCCCUCUUCUGGAUAUGGACAGUAGCAGCUAUCCUUAUCAGCGCCGGUAUAUAUUUGAUUCUAUGGUCUACGCUCAUCUUUCCCAUCCAUACGAUGACCCCGGUUUGGGUAUUCCCUGCCUACCCUCUCCUGAUAACAGCACCUUUUGCGGGCAAUCUUAUCAACUCGUCCGUCAAGGCUGGGCAUACCAGCACCCUCAACGCGCUACCCAUAGCUAUGGCUGCAGUUGCUGUGCAGGGGAUGGGGUUCUGUCUAUCUUUUAUGAUCCUUGCCGCCUUUGUUUACAGACUCAUGACGCAGAAACUGCCACGGGAUAUGCAGCGGCCUGGUGUCUUCAUUUCGAUAGGACCUAGUGCCUUCACCGCGGCGGGGCUGGUCCAACUUGGCGGGCUGGCGGGCGAGAUUCUUCCGGAUGACUUUAUGAUGCCUGGUAUGACAAGUCACGCUGUCUUCAUCCUGAAGCUAUUAUCUGCCAUGAUCGGACUGUGGUUAUGGGGACUCGCUGUUUGGUUCUUCCUCGUAUCCGUUGGUAGCUUCUGGAAGUACGCCCGGCCAGAACACGAGGCCAAGAUCGGCUUCCAGAUGACCUUUUUCUCUUUCGUCUUCCCCAACACGGCGCUAUUAACCGCAACUUAUCAAAUAGCAAAUGCUUUCAGCUGCAGGCCGCUCCAGAUCGUUGGAUGUGCCAUGACUGGACUGCUGGUUCUUGUCUGGGCUGUCAUAUUCGUUACCAUGAUCCGCUGCAUCUGGAAACGGGAGCUGUUGUGGCCAAAGGAGGAGUAG